AACCUAACCCCGCCGAUUGAGCUGAUGAUAAAGUCAGACGAGAUUGGACAUUGGCCCUACUUUUUUGUUGAGCCUAUUGGUAGACCUACUACAAUGCGAUCCCAUGCCAUAGUCGCUAUUGCGCUCGCAACGCGGGCCUGCGUGACGGCUACACAGGCACAGACAAGGCCGAUAAUUUCGCGACAACAAGUUUCCCGCGACCCUUACAGCAACUGGCCUUCGUACGGCGAUCUACCUCUGGACUCAUCAUACCCCCCAAAAGCAGCUUGGGGUGUUUGGGGAACUGAGGACGUGAAUGGAGCGCUGAAUCAUAUCACCAACGCGACUCGUCGUGAAGCUGCCUCCGAAAUUCAAACCGGCGAAGCUUUCAAUCUGAAUUUAGAGCUCGAGUUCAUACCGCGUCCCAUCAAUGGCGAAAGACGGCCUUUGGUGCACGUCUUCCAACCAGGAGAUGGCUACACCGACGAUAUAAUGACACUAAACACACAAAUGAGUACUCAAUUUGAUGGGCUGCGACACUUCGCAUAUAGUGAGAAAGGGAACCGGAGCACGUACCGAUACUACAACGACCUCAUCGCGGAUUACGAGGAUGUCAUUGGGUACAAUUACUCUAGUGUCCUUGGUAUACAGCAAGCGGCAGAGAAGGGUAUUGCAGCAAGGGGCGUUUUGCUGGAUUACAAGGCGUGGAUGGAUGCUCAUAAUCAGACUUUCAACCCUCUUGAGGAAUGGUCUGUGUCUGCCUCCGAUCUGCAAAAAGUUGCUGAAUGGCAGGGAUUACCGGCCAACUUUUCUCGACCAGGUGAUAUUCUCAUCGUACGCUUCGGCUGGAUUGCCGCCUAUUCCCGGCUCAACGAGACCGAGAAGCAAGAGUUAGUAUUGGGAGCGGGCAACUACAUCGGCUUAACUUCCGAUGACGACUCUGCAGAGUGGUUGUGGAACCAGAAGUUAGCCAUGGUGGGAGGGGACAAUCCAGCGUUCGAAGUGCUGCCGUUCACCAGCAGGGUAGGAGGUACAAACGGAAAAAGCUUGCAUGAAGUGAUGAUAUCUGGUUGGGGCCAAAGUAUACUUGAAUUCGUGGACUGCGAAAAGCUUGCGACGGCUCUGCAUGCACAAAAGCGAUCGACCUUCUUCUUGACUAUGCAGCCAGUCAAUAAAAGAGGUGGCAUUGCAAGUCCACCGAACGCGAUGGCAAUCAUUUGA